UCUCUCUCUCUCUCUCUCUCUCUCUAAUUGGACAAGCCUAUCUUUACUUCUGUUCGGCAACAGCCAUCUGUGGGGACAAGCCCACCGCAACGCCUCUGGAGUAGCGAUAAUGCUAUUUUAAAAGCACUUCAGCACCCACUCUAAAAAAAGUCUGUGCUUUUUACUCCAGGGAAACUAUUUGAAUCUUUUUUGUUUGUUUGUUUGUUUUUCAUUUAGUGACAAAGUUAUGGACGAAUAAUCAAAACCAGAAUAGAAAGGUCUGACCGGAAAAAAAAAUAACGUUUGUCUAGUGCUAAUGCAUUAAAACAAAAAACAAAAAAAAAGUUUCUAUACUUUUAAUCUGCUUGGAUGUGGCAAUGAAUGGCUUUAAAGUCGAUGAUUUUGUAGCUGGUUGGAUAGGGGGAGCCGCCAGUACUGUUGUGGGACACCCCCUCGACACAGUGAAGACUCGUUUACAAGCUGGGAAAGGUUACAAAAACACCUUUCACUGCAUUCUCACAGUCUACAAAAAUGAAAAUGUCUCUGGGUUCUUUAAAGGCCUGUCUUUCCCCCUGGCAAGCAUUACUCUCUACAACUCGGUGGUGUUCGGGGUGUACAGCAACACGCAGCGGCUUAUUAGAGAGUCCCGCACCGGCACAGAGAGGCGCGGUCCUGACCUUGUGGAGCUGGUGCUGUCCAGCAUCACUGCUGGAUUCAUCUCGGUGGGAAUCGGGGCCCCUGUGGAUUUGGUCAAAAUACGUCUGCAGAUGCAGGCCCAGCCAGUUCUCUCAGGUAGCUCUGGGUGUUUCAAUAUAUGGUAUGACAUCCUCAACUUCAUUCCUUACACGCUGCUCUGUGACUGGCUGUCCCCAGGGGAGGGUGCUGCCCUCAACCCAUUUUACAUCUGCCUGGCAGGAGGAGUUGCAGGUUCAAUUUCUUGGGUCACGGCCACACCAGCAGAUGUUGUAAAAAGUCGUCUUCAGGCAGAUUCAGUUUAUCAAAGAAAAUAUAAAGGGAUUGUCCAUUGCAUCCUGCAGAGUUACAAGACCGACGGGCUACAGGUAUUUUUCCGCGGGGUCACUGUAAAUGCCGUCCGGGGGUUCCCCAUGAGUGCCACCAUGUUCCUGGCCUACGAGCUGUCCCUCAAGUUCUUCAGGGGUCUGUAGUGGACUGGGGGCAUGGCUGGCCUCUCUGAGUCUGCCUCAGUCUCUCACAUCACUGAGGACUGGGUGGAGCUGCUUCUCCCCAGACUUGCAGAAUGGAAGACACUGGAGAGAGAGAGAGAGAGAGAGAGAGAGAGAGAGAGAGAGAGAGAGAGAGAGAGAGAGAGAGACUAUGUGCUGGAUGACUUAAGAUUUUAUAAAUGCAGGGUUAUAGGCUGCGUUGGAGAAUGUGGAUAUAUCUGAACAACAUAGACCCUGCAUGGUCAAAUUGCUGUGCAUGU